UUGGUUUUGUAGUGAAGCAGAGGAUAUGUGGAAUUUUGUAUACACGUGGAUAUUUUGUCUUUCUUUUGUCCAUGCUCAGGACCAGAGUGUGUACAAAGUGUGGCUGGAGAGUUUCUACCCAUGUGAAGACAACUCCAACGCCAUUGCAGACAUGUCUGGUCUGAAGAUAUCUCAUUUUAACCGGACGUCCUUCUCCAUUGACGGAGCUGCAAAAAUGUUUCAAGACCUGGAUAAGGAGCAUUACAUGAGAUUGGUUGGAUAUGUAAAGAGUAGCCACGGAAAAUGGACCAAGACCCUAUUGGAUACAAAAAAUGUGCUUCUCUGCGAUUUUAUCAAGAAAGAUAAAGUCUUCUGGCCCGGCAUCGUCAAGAUUAGCGACCUGCCUAAAGAGUGCCCCAUAAAAAAGGGGGAGUACCAGAUGCGAGACGCCGCCAUGACUAUAGAUCGUCUGCCUCCAAUGCUGCCCCUUAGCUGCUACAAGCUCGUCGUAUCCUUCUGGUCCGCGUCCGAGCCUACGGUAGUCUCAUGUAACCGCUUCUACGUUAGAGUUACAGAUGGCAAGGUGGCAAGCGCUGACAGAUGUUUUAGCUAAAUAUAUAAUA